AUUCAGUGAUCUUUACAAAGGAAUUAAGCGGUGGGGAAAUUGCUUCGUUUUAUUCUACAGUGUUUUUAGUAUCUACCUACUGGGGUACAUACAAACAUACAUCAUACGUAAAUAAAAUUAUGAGCUGAAAAGUGGAAGUAUCAUCAUCGCACGACGAAGACGGACGUUUUCAUUAUUUGAUAGUAUGUUUUACAACAGUGGUAAAACUUUUUAAUUCCACGGUUAUUACUGAUAAAAAUUAAAAAGUGCUUGUUGUCAUCCAGAAAACUAAUGGUAUUCGUAUUUUAAAAAGAGAAAGUGAAGGUUACAAAUAUGACAGUAAUAAAACGAAUCGAAAAAGAAGAUGCAGAUGGUGACCAGUUGAAAAUAAAUUUAAGGACCGCAAUUCCGCAAAUCCUGGCCGUGUCAGUUAAAAAUGUACUUUUAAUUGGAUUCGGAAUGACUUUGGGAAUUCCAACGGUGCUGAUUCCUAAUCUUUCCGAAGAUAACACCGAGGAAGAAUUAUCGCUAAAUUCCGAUCAACUUUCCUGGAUCAGUUCGCUGAAUUUGAUAUGCGUGCCUAUUGGUUGUUUAUUGUCUGGUUACACGACAACAACAAUAGGAAGGAAGAGAACCAUGCAGUUCGUAAACAUUCCCUUUUUUAUAUCCUGGCUGAUUUUUUAUUUUUCUCGACAAGUUUGGCACAUUUACCUCGCUCUAUGUUUGACGGGAAUUGGUGGAGGACUUCUCGAAGCUCCCGUUUUGACAUACGUGGCUGAGGUAACACAGCCCCACUUGCGAGGACUUCUGUCAGCAACUAGCACGUUUUCGAUUAUUUUGGGUACCCUUAUAGAGUUUAUACUGGCUACGUUUCUGUCCUGGAGGAUGGUAAGUUUGACUAGCUGUGUGGUCCCUAUAAUUGCGUUUUUCUCGUUAUUUACAAUUCCCGAAAGUCCUUAUUGGUUAAUUAUGAAAUCGCGAAUGGAAGAAGCUCAGUUAAGCCUUGCAUGGCUUCGUGGUUGGACAAAAAAGGAAAACGUACAAAAUGAAUUCAUUGAUCUGUGCAAAGUUGCAGCGAACGUACAGACAGAACUUACCAGUAAAGAGAAAUUAAAAAAUUAUACCAAAAAGAAUUUUAUCUGGCCCUUUGCUAUAGUGAGUUUUGUGUUUUUCGUGGAACAUUUUUCGGGGAUGACCACAUUACAGACUUAUGCGGUACAAAUUUUUUCUUCUUUGCGUUCACCAAUUGACGCGUAUUAUGCGACGGUUUUUCUUGGUAUUGGUGAGCUUACAGGGUGUGUGGUGUGUGUAGUUUUUAUUCAUUAUGUCGGUAAGAGAGUACUUACGUUUAUAUCAUUAAUAGGCAAUUGUGUUUGCCUUGCCGUUAUCGGAGUUUACGCACAUUAUUAUAAUUUAAAUUCACUCGUUUCGUCAAGAAAUUCAACCGAUGAUAAUUCAACAACUGCUGCUGCAGUCGCGCACAACGAACAAUUAGUUGUUGCUUAUGAUUGGAUACCGACAACUUUGUUAAUUCUUUCCGCGUUUCUAACGCAUACUGGAAUAAGGAUUCUUCCCUGGAUCCUAACAGGAGAGGUUUACGCAAAAGAAACGAGAGCGACAGCAUCAGGAUUGUCCAGCGCUGUUGGAUAUAUUUUCGGUUUUCUCGCUAACAAAUUGUUUUUAAUUAUGGUUUCAGGAAUGACUCUUCCCGGUUCGUUUUGGUUUAAUUGUGCUUUUUGUUUUAUAUGUACCAUUAUAUUGUAUUUUGUACUCCCAGAAACCGAAGGAAAAUUACUUCACGAAAUUACAAAUCAUUUUAACGGCGUUUCCAAGUUAGAUAAUAAGGUUUACAGAAAAAAUAAAUCACAAUUAAGGGCACAUGUAAAUAAUGGCUUUACUAAAGAUGAAGAAUUAAAUCUAGAAAGUAAAUUNAUAGAAAAGACGAGGCCUUGA